ACCAGGUAGCAAAUUUUUGUGUCCGUCUUAGAACACCAAGGGAUGCCCGAGCACACCACCACUUCAUCCGGAACAGGAUCGCCGGCGUACGUCGAGGUGUUUGGGUCAAACGGGCAGACAUGGCGAUUUGCUGCUGGGACCAAGGCGGGAUUUGCCGUGCGGCGAAUUCGAAGCAAGCUAGGCGAAGCUGCGCACCACAUCCUUUGCAUUGCGGCGUUCAAGGAGAACGAAGAGCCCGUGGAGUUUGGCCCCGACGCGGAGCUCGUUGUCUAUGGCGAUAACUGGAAACUAAAACUUGUCCAAGAUCCAGGGCACAAGGAGAUAGAUGCCGCUCAAGACACUAAAAGCGCACUCGAUGACAAUCCUGUCCAGCAACAUGCCAAAAUGCACGACUUGAUUGCCGAGUUUUAUCCCGGAGGCAAAGUUCCCCGAGGCUCCAAGCCAGAAUUCUCAAGUGAGUACAUUGGCAAGGUCUUGACAGCUCUUGCUUUGGGCUUGCUGCUUGCAGCGGCUCUAAAAUACUUGCUAGAAAUUCUACCACUGCUAGACUGGCAACAUUUUAGUAGCGUUAAGUAGUGAAACUCUCUCCCUAGUCACUCAUGAACACGUAAAUAAGCUGUGGAGCAGCCGAGAAGCGCAAGCGAUCGAGGAACUGGAACAUUCACGAGGUGCUGCUGCUGGUGCAAGCCAAAAAGGACGAGUGGGAGAGGACCGAGAGCAGCAAGAGCAGCAAGUUCGAGAGCGCGGUGGACAAAUGGGUCAAGGUGGUGGAGUUUCUGCGGGAGAAUGGGAUCAUGGACCGGGACCUGGACCAGUGCAGGGGGAAGUGGGACAAUCUGCUGUCCGACUUCAAGACGAUCAAAGAAUGGCACCGCAGCGUCAAGGCAACUCCCUACACAUGCCUCACCAAGGAGCAGAAGAAGCAAAACAAGCUGCCUGCCUUGUUUGACACCCGGGUGAUUGAUCUGCUCGAGAGCUUCUAUGGCACCCGGUCCAAGUUGAUGGUGGCGGAGGAUCAUCACCAACAACAGAGACAAAGCUACACCGCCACCAACAAUAACACCAACACUAACAGCAACAACAUGAGCGCGGUUGAGACAGCUCUGGCCAUUGCUGCUUGUGCGACGACUCCGCCAUCAGCCACAGCUACUACAGGGCUUGGAGUGCCCCACAAGAAGAUUAAAUCUAGCACCACCAGCAGCAAAGACAACAGCAACAACCACAUCAGCGUCUCUGGCAGCUGAUAUAAGCAAACCACAUCGAUCUAUUCCGGCAGGUAUAAACAAACACACGGCAGACAAAGAUGUUCCACCACACUGAGAAAGGUGGCGAUGGAUCACCAAACAACACUAAAAGCUAAACAGGUUCGUUCUUUCGUCAUCACCAAAA